UUUAUAAGAUUGAUACCGGAACUAAAUAAACUUUUUGAGUUUUAUUCCCGCUCUUCGUUGAAACGGCGUCGUGUAUCAACAGCAAUGCACAAAAAUGAUUUGGAAAUGAUAGUUACCCGUUUUCAGGCAUGUGUGCGUGGAUAUCUGAUAAGGGAAGAGGUCCGGCGUGCACGCGUGGACUUUGAGGAUAUUGUCAAGGAAAUUGACGGAAGCUUGACCCAUUUAAGGUGGACUGAUGUGAUCGUCUCCAUCCCAUACUUCACGGAUUAUCCUGGCGUUUCUUCUAGGAAGACAUCAGAAUCUGGUCUACAUGUUGGAGAUACACAGAUCCCACUGUGUCUGUCAGAGGAAAGAGGAGAGCCUUGUGUCCUGCUGGAGAGGAAAGAAGUUGAGAGAGAUGGGUCACAUCAGUGUUUACCCAGAAGAUCUGCAGCAGAGGAUGAACCGGAGCAGAAGACUGUGGGAGACACAGAUGAGGGGGUGAUGGAAAGCACAAGGCGGUCCUCCUCCAUCUGGGGCAGCUUGGAGAUGGAUGUGAACAGUUACCCCGAUAAAGCACCUUCAGGUCUCCAGCACUACUGCUUGGCACAGGAGGUGCCUCGUACCCCCCAGGCCCUGCGUCUCCAUAGAAACACUCUGACCAUGGAGCUGGUCUGGUUGCAGCAGGCCAUCGACAGCAGGAAAAAGUAUCUAUCACUCAAGGACAGACUGACCGAAACCUCACAAAUUGAGUAAUCCGACCUCACAACCAAGAGACUUUUCAGUAAACGAAAAUCACUGGAGUGGAA